AUGCCUAAUAAUUGGAAAGGGAUCUCCAAAUGUGAAGUGAAUGUAAAAACUAAUGCUGUGUUUGUCGUGUCUUGCAGUGAGAUUCAGCUGUUGAGGCGUUUGGACCACAAGAAUGUGAUUAAACUGUAUUCAGUGAUCUAUAACGAGGCCAAAGAGAAGCUGUAUAUGAUUAUGGAGUACUGCGUGGCUGUCAUUCAGGAACUGUUGGAUGCGGUGACCGACAAGAAGCUGCCGAUAUUCCAGUCACACGACUACUUCUCGCAGUUGGUGUUGGGCUUGGAAUACCUGCACAGUCAGGGAAUUAUACACAAAGACAUAAAACCGGGUAAUCUAUUGCUUACGAACGCGGGAACCAUCAAAAUCACGGACUUCGGUGUCUCGGAAAUGUUAGACACUUUCCAAAUGAGUGAUUUGUGUCACUUGAGUCAGGGAUCGCCUGCUUUUCAGCCGCCGGAGAUCGCCGACGGAAACGAGUACUUCUCGGGCUUCAAAGUGGACAUCUGGUCAUCGGGUGUGACGUUAUUUAACUUAACGACCGGUAAGUACCCCUUCGAAGGCGACAACAUCUACCGGCUCUUCGAGAACAUAAGCAAAUGCGAGCUAAUCAUCCCCUCAGAUAUGGAUGAGUCGCUGCAGUCCCUCAUCCGCGGUAUGCUCGAGAAGUCGCCGACCGAUCGCUUCUCCAUCGAGAACAUCAAAUACCACGACUGGGUCAAGAAGAAGCACCCGCGCAUCGGCCCUCCCGUUCAGAUCCCGCAAAAGCCCGGCGGACAGGAGUACCGGUCGAUGUCUGUACUGCCAUACCUGUGCAAUCUGCACAGUCGUAAUAGUGAUAAUAAUGCAAUGGAUGGCCAAUUAAUG